CAGCCAGCCAGCCGCGCUCCUCGGCGGCAGGGGCAUGGAGGAGCGGCGGGCUCCGAGCCGCGCCCCGGAGUCCCUGAAACUUCCGAGCAGGCGCCCGAUCGCGCCCCUGCCGCUGCCGCCACCGCCACCUCACCUGCCGGCCUGAGAGCGGGACCAUGGAUGAAAGGUUCAACAAGUGGCUGCUGACGCCGGUGCUCACUCUCCUCUUCGUGGUCAUCAUGUACCAGUACGUGUCCCCUUCCUGCACCAGCUCCUGCACCAACUUCGGGGAGCAGCCCCGCGUCGGGGAGGCCCGCCCGCCCGCCGCCCCGAGUCCCGCCCGACGGGCACAGGCGCCCCCAGAUGAGUGGGAGCGGCGACCCCAGCUGCCUCCACCACCCCGGGGACCACCCGAGGGGCCUCAAGGGGUCGCGGCUCCGGAGGAUGAGGAUGAGGAUCCGGGGGACCCCGGGGAGGAAGAAGAGGAAGAGGAGGAGGAGGAGCCGGAUCCCGAGGCGCCCGAAAACGGCUCCCUGCCCCGGUUCGUGCCGCGCUUCAACUUCACCCUGAAGGACCUGACCCGCUUCGUGGACUUCAACAUCAAAGGGCGCGACGUGAUAGUGUUCCUGCACAUCCAGAAGACGGGGGGCACCACGUUCGGCCGGCACCUGGUGAAGAACAUUCGCCUGGAGCAGCCCUGUAGCUGCAAAGCCGGCCAGAAAAAGUGCACCUGCCACCGGCCGGGCAAGAAGGAGACCUGGCUCUUCUCUCGCUUCUCCACCGGCUGGAGCUGCGGGCUGCAUGCCGACUGGACCGAGCUCACCAACUGCGUGCCGGCCAUCAUGGAGAAGAAGGAUUGUCCCCGCAACCACAGCCACACCAGGAAUUUCUACUACAUCACUAUGUUGCGGGACCCAGUGUCACGUUACCUGAGUGAAUGGAAACAUGUUCAGAGAGGGGCCACAUGGAAAACCUCUCUCCACAUGUGUGAUGGAAGGAGCCCCACCCCGGAUGAGCUGCCUACUUGCUACCCAGGGGAUGACUGGUCUGGGGUCAGCUUGCGGGAGUUCAUGGAUUGUAGCUACAACUUGGCCAACAACCGGCAGGUGCGCAUGCUGGCUGACCUCAGCCUGGUGGGCUGCUACAACUUGACUUUCAUGAAUGAGAGUGAGCGCAAUACCAUCCUGUUGCAGAGUGCUAAGAACAACCUGAAGAACAUGGCCUUCUUCGGGCUCACGGAAUUCCAGAGGAAGACACAGUUUCUCUUUGAGAGGACAUUCAACCUGAAGUUCAUCUCCCCUUUCACACAGUUCAACAUCACACGGGCUUCCAAUGUGGACAUCAACGAGGGAGCCCGUCAGCACAUCGAGGAGUUGAACUUCCUGGACAUGCAGCUUUAUGAAUAUGCAAAAGAUCUCUUCCAGCAGCGGUACCACCACACCAAACAGCUAGAGCACCAGAGGGACCGCCAAAAGAGGCGUGAGGAGCGGAGGCUGCAGCGAGAACACAGAGCACAUCGAUGGCCCAAAGAGGAUGGGGCCACAGAGGGGACGGUCACGGAGGACUACAACAGCCAGGUGGUUAGAUGGUGACCCUCUGCCUGCUCCUUUUUCGUGACGGGGAGAUGAGCAGGCACCUUGUCCUUCUGUUGGAUUACACUGAAGAAGGAAGCUGGGUCAGGCUGAGGAUCUCUGGCUGUGUGUGACUUAAUUCAAAUGUCUGCUUCAAUCCAACUGGAAAUUUUCCAUCUUGUUUUCUUUUCUCCUUUUCUAGACAUUUUCUGAUCACUGAUACAAGUGGGAUGGAAAUGUAUUGAACAGACCACUUUAGGGGGGUCAGAUGAGAGGCCUCAGAAAGGAGACAGUAUAUAGUAUCUUUGCCACUCACAGUGGGUCGAUUAGGGAACCUGAGGCCCACAGAAGUAUCCGGGAAAACCAAAACCAUGGCUUGUAUGCUCUGCUGAAUUCAUCACAGUGCACCCAAUAGACCACUGGUCUGUUCAGAGAAAGAGAGAAAGACCCUUCUGCCCUUAGAUGACCCUUCUCACUCUGUGUUGAAUUUGGGAACUGUUCAAAUGAGGUUUAAAUCAUGAAUAACAUGGUUUGUCUCUGCAGAUGGUUUUAAACAAGAUUACCAUAAUACCGACCAUAACUAGACUCUUAGCCUACAAACUGACAUCAGAAACCUAAGCCACAGGUCCACUCGGUCUUUUAGGGGAUAGGGAGUGAACACAAGGUAGGGUUGGUUGUGACCCUGAGAAAUGAAUACUAAUGAGACAUUUUGGGGAACACACUUAUUUAGUAAUGACUAAGGAGAUUGCACUUUAUCAGUGUUAAUCCUCCAAGUAAAGAAUAAAUUUUUAUAAAUUAGGAGAAUGAAAGCAAAGAAAGCAGAAAAAAACCUCCACUUCUAAGCUAGCUUUAGAACCUUAGUUGUUACAUUAAAAGAAUGUCAGACUCUUGCCUUUGUGGGGCAGACACCUUUUCAGCCAGGUUUGAAAUUCUGCUAACACAGAAGAAAAGAUGUUUUCAAAAAUCUUUAGUUAAAGAACAGGAGCUGAACCAAUGAGGACACACAAUACAUCCCAGGUCAAUAUAUGAGUGGGGCCAGGAGCUGCAGCAUGGCAUCCAUGAGACAGUUAUAUCAGUUCAGAAGGAAGCUGCAUCUGACAUUUACAGGGUGCUUAAACCUCUGUCUUCCCACACAAUCAUUGCUUGUUCUAUGGCUACAACCAGAGAACCAAGAAACAGUAUACAAAACUGGGCCAAAAAUGUGCUGCAUUGCCCUAGGUUUCUUGCUUUUACCCUUCCCAAGCCACAACAACAGACACUUCUGGAAAGGGAUAGGAAGGAGGGAGUAGAAAGCCUUUGCCUCACAUUCAGUGAAGGAGCAGAGUGAGUAGAAAGUGUUACAUGUUUGUAAGAUCAGUCCUUUCAAGCAGCUAAAGGCCAAAGGCUGGAGACCCAGAAAUCAGCCUGGAACACCUAUUUCACUGAUGCCCCAUGUGUUUGAUGUUUAAGCCAGCUCUACACAAGGCACUGCUCAGCCUUCGGAAUGUUCUCUCUGGGGUUGAAAGGCCAUCAUCUCCCAGUGUCUAUGGGGGGACAGAUGCAAGUGAGCCUAGCAUCUUUUGUAGAUUCCAAUGGAGAAGUAGCUUUGAUGUUUCUCUUAUUGUGCUUGGCGUCUAGUAUACUGAAUGAAAUGAUAUCAUUGGAUGGCCUUCUUGUGUCAUGCAUGUUCUAAGAGACGCCCCAUGCUAUACCUUCAAUAUAUCUAGUAUAACAAGGUGGAUAUUGCUAGUCCUCAUUAUAUAGUUGAGAAGAUGAAGCCCACACAUGGGAUGAGGCUUCCUUGAAGAUUGUAAGGUAGACCUAGCUGGCCACAAAGCACAAGAUAUUCAUGUAGCACUUCCCAUGUAGGGUAAAUAUGCCUGCCAAUCAUAGAAGAAGCCAGAUGUUCUUACGCUGAAGUAUUUGCUCCUGGUCCACACAGGUGGCAUAAAGUGACGAGACUACACUUGCAGUAAUCCUGAGUUCUUCUCCCCUAGGGUGAGUUGCCCCCUCAUCCUUUUCUCACUAGUGUGCUGAGAGAUGGAAGACUUCUUUAGCAACCAUAAUUUUUGAGUUACACACAAAAGUAAAUUUAAAGUGGACAAUUAACUAUGGCUUUUUCAUUGGUAGAGAUGAAGCCUCUCAAAAUAUCCAUGUAUAUCUUUAUGAUGAUUUGCUCCAGAGGAGGUAGGGGAAAGGGGGAAGGGCAGAGGGAUGAGAAGAACACAUUCAGUCAUUGAGAUCUAAUGUUCUGCCAAAAAUGGAAACCUGUAAACUGUGCCUCUGCCAUCAACUGUGAUACACACAUACAUACAUGCAACACACACAUGCACACACACAUGCACACACACACACACACACACACACACACACACACACGCCUCAGUGUUUUUUCAAAUAGAAAAUCAAAACAGACUAGAAAGCAUCAGAUUAAUUCUUUUAAACUCACUUUACAUUUUUGGCAAGGAAUCCUGGAGGCAGCCUCUGCUACCACCACAUUAUUCCUCUGGAAUCUUAGAGUUUAUAUCAAAAGGCUUCCUGCCACCUCAAGGCUGAGUGUAGGAUGCGUGGCCCUCCCUCCACUUGGAAACAGACAACAGAAUGAUGCGAGAAGGAGAAACCAUCUCUGUGUUGGCCCCAGGCCAGUGCUAAGUGAAUUGGAAAGACUACCAUGGGCUCCCUCACUCAUGAGUUCCAUUCGGAAGCAUCACAGUUGUUAUAUCCCCGGGGUCCUGCUUGAUAGAAAUGGAGAGGUGGGAUAUAGUGCAUUUUCUGAAAAUUGACUGCACAGCUCCAUUCUGGGUGAUGCUGCAGGAAUAGAUGCCAGUGGCAGGCACAGGAAGCUAAGGAUGCAUGGGAACUCAUCAGCCUUAAGGUCUCAAACCACAUCGACUCCAACUACAUAGACAGGAAAAACAAUCCCUAGAUAACUCCACUUCUUGUGCACUCCUCCAAUCCCCAGGCAGGUGUUUUCUCCCUUCUCUUGCCAGUUGCAGCAGAAGACAGUGGACUGGUGUGUGUGUGUGUGUGUGUGUGUGUGUGUGUGUGUGUGUGUGUGUGUGUGUUGUGUGUCACACACAUUUUGUUCAUAUUUUGAUAUGGACUAAGACAGACACUUUUUUUUGUCUCCUUCCAGCUUCCUCGAAGCCUGCUCUUGAUACUAGGGAAAACAAUUAAUAACUUCACCAAUCAACGUUGACAACACUUAAGAAAAAUUAUGUUACUAAAAAAUAUAAAGAUGUGUUUCUUUAUCAAAAACCUAAUCAACAAUUUGAACUAAAGAUCUUCAUUUGAUCAGACCAUUAACAUAAUAGUCUUAAAAGUCUGGAUGGAGAGGGGGCUAAUCCUCUCUUAUUGCUUCUUCAUUUUAAGACAUAGCAUCUACCUCCUGACCCAAGGUGUCUGCUCUAACCACAGCCACCUAAUUUUCACUCGAGACAGUGGAGUGGAAGCACAAGCAAUUGCAGGUACUGCUCGCAGUCACGUGCCAUUGGCUGGAAUCUAGACAUUAGUCACAUCCAGUUGCAGAGAAGACAAGAAAAUGUCUUUUUACUCAGUGCUGGGUGUCUUGAUAAGUGGGGAGAGCUCCAUUGUUAAAGGAAUGGUGGGAAAUUAAUACUGAUAGAAAACUACCCGUCCCCCCCCCCAAAAAAAAGGAAAUGGAAAAAUGCCAAGUCCUAUUCAGUAUCAUUUAUUUUCUCAUCAGUUUUUACAAAUGAUGAGAUUAAAAUUCUCUCUGUCAGCAUUUAAUGCUUUUCACAACAUGUAGUAUCCCACUUGGCCUACCUUACAUUCUUAUGCACUGACUGGCAUUUCCCAUUCUUUUACAUUUGAUCAUUUGGAAUGAUUCAGAGAUGUUGGAAGACACCACACACACACACACACACACACACACACACACACACACACACACCACAGUUCUCAUUCAUUUGCAAGGAAGUUGCUCAGAGCCCACGGCCUUUCAGCCCCGGAGCUUUUCCUACCACUAUAUUCUGUUUGGCAUCAGUGUUGGGACUGGGAAUUGCAAGAGUGGGAAAUCUAAAUCUUUAUUGAUUUCUGUCUUCCUUCAACUUGUUGUGGAGCUGCAAUGACCUAGAAAAUGCCAUGGACAGGUCCAGUAGACUCUCAAUUCUUCCCCCAGUGAAGGGGCCUCUUACUUGAACGGAAUGCUCAGGUAGAGAGUGGUACAAGGGAGUCAGAGAAAAGCACAGGAAUUCAGGGGAGACACUCAAAUACCUCUAGCUGGAUGUCGACCCUAUUCCACCCUCAAACUAUCCAACUCAGAGACUGAGGGGAUAAGCUUACAACUCCAAUGGGACACACAACAUUCAAGAAAUUCAGAAUCAGUAGCUGCCUGUUAGGAAAGCUUAAGGGGUGAUCAAUAGGACCUCUGCUCAUAAAAGGCCUCCCUCUCUCUACUUUUUCCCCAGGUCACUGGUAUUUUAUCAGCAGCAUAUCGUUACAGAUAUUUCAUAUUUUAUUUGCUAUUCUUUUGCCCAUUGCUGAAGGAUGAAAUGCUUUAAGCUGUAAUAAAUAAACAACUUCACCCAGUCUAUCUGAUUCCUUCCCAGACGUGUCAUGUGGCUGAGAAGAGGGUCAAAAUGGGGUCACACGAGACACAGAGGACUACAGACAGUAGGGCAGCUCUAGGAAAAAGUAGAGCCCAGAAGGACAGACCACCAGAGACAGACCAUUAAAACAUGUGCCAGUCAGUCGUGGAAUACUGUUGGUGAAGACAUAGCUUUUGUCCUUAGGAUAAAAGGUAGCCUGGAAACAUGUGACUUAAUUCUUCUAGCCACUUAGAAAAGCACAGGAUAGGGCACACCCACAAGCAGAAUUAGAGCCUCAGGUAGAUGUGGGGUCUGAAGGUUGACUAGGGAGGAAGAGUUGGACUAAACAGAGCUGUUUUUGACACAGGCAAGAACACACAGUUGUGAUCACAGCUGUGGUUUUUAGGUUUUCCUUUUCCAUCACUGUCAUUGUGUGUCUACUGGUCACCAGAACUUUAUCUGAAAGCCUCCAGGCUGGGUGGUGGGCUGGCUUAGGUGACCAAUGCUGCCCGGUUCAUGACUUCUGGGGAUCAUGCAGCUGUUCUUUCUCUCCAAACUUCUGACUUCCCUUAUUUAACCUGUUCUAUCUCUAAUGGAUACUAGCCAGUGUCAGCUCCGUUCUCACCAUAUUCACCAGGACACAUCUGAGUGAAUUCUCUGAAACUCAAUGAGCCCUCCUAGACAAUUAGGGGAAUUAUGAGUUUUGUCACCUCUGGGAUACAAUAGCCGUGGACCCAUCCUCGCCGUCUGUUGUCGGAAUUGACCUCUCUGCAGUAGUGCUGAGAAUCCUGAUGCUGGCCUGUUGUGAACUCUAGAAUGCUUGCAAGCCUCUGCACUUCUCGGCAAGGACUGGGGGUAGCCUGAUGGAACACUGGAAUGCUGAAUUUGCAGACACUGACAUGAAGGUGUUUCUGAAGUCUGUCUUCUUCAAUAUCCACAGGACAGACUGCAACUGUCUACCUUCAGCAAACUGAGGGUGACUCUAUGAGAUCUAUGUUCUGCCUCACUGUGGGAAAGGCCAGAGAUCAGGACUAAAAGUCCUCAGCUCUUGCUGGGAAAACAAUGUCCUGACAAGCAGUUUUGUGUGACUUAGCCAUGAUCCCACACCUUCCAUCUCCUUGUCAUGCUUUGUUUGAAUCAUAUGACCAAGAGUUUUCUUCGAGAAGUACUUUCUGGGUUUUGCUUGCAUUUUGUUCUUCUUCUUUUUUUAAUGUAUCAAAUGUUAGAAAAAUCUAAAUCUUUAUCUGGUGCCCCAUUCUAGAUGUAAGAUAGUUAUUCAAUAGAUGCAAAUUAUUUCUUCUAGGAGGUGUUUCUUCUUUUGUUUCUGUGCAGUAUGUAUGAACUUGGUUAUUAGGAGACUAUAUUGUGACAUUACCAACCUUUAUUGCUAUUUAAAAAAUGGUAGUUUGUAGAACCAAAAUUCCCAUUGAUGUGAAGCACAAAAUUUAAUGAGUAAGUUAACAUAUUAAACUGUUGUGAUGUCAAGAAUAA